AUUAUAAUUUAUUGUUAUCAUUUAAAAGUGUAUCUAUCUAAUUUGUGUAAAAGUAAAAUUCUCUACUGUAUAUUUUUUUGCAGUUGUAUUUUUCCAUUAUGCGAACUUUUAAAGACGUUACAAUUUACUCUUGAAUCCAUUUAUAACCAUCAACUUAGAUACAACAAGAAUGGCACCAAAGUUCAACCCAGAAGAGAAACAGAUAUCAGUGGCAUUCGUAUGUCUAGGAAACAUCUGUCGAUCACCUAUGGCAGAAGCCAUCUUCAAACAUAAAGUUAAAGAAUUAGGCUAUUCACCCUACUUCAAAUUGAUUGAUUCCUAUGGAACAGGAGCUUAUCAUGUUGGAGAAUCCCCUGAUUCAAGAUCAGUUAAAAUAUGUCGUAAAAACGGUGUUCCUGUAAAUCAUGCUGCUCAACAAAUUCGGACCAAAGAUUUUGAUAAAUUCGAUUAUGUGAUUGCAAUGGAUGAAUCCAAUAAAUCUGAUUUAUUAUAUUCGAGACCUAGAGAUUUUAAGGGGAAGAUUGAUCUUUUUGGAGCAUGGAGAGUUGAUACUAGUUUUAGUAAGAUUGUUCAAGAUCCUUAUUAUGGUGGUAUAAAUGGAUUUGAAAUUAAUUUUGAACAAAUAAGUCAUUUCAGUGAAGAGUUUUUAAAACAAGAAAUAGGUGAAUUAUGAUAUCUUAGAAGUAUUGAUUAGAUUAUUUAGAUAAAAUAUACAUAUAGAUAUAAGGGUUAGAAAGUGUUUUUAGUGUGGAUAUAAAAUGGGUGGUGGGUAUGCGUAAAUAAGAGUAUCAGAACAGGGUAAAUUCAAUCACGCUGAUUUGUGAGAUUUUUCUGUUUGACAAUUAAACAUUUUUUUUCAUAGCAAUUUAU